AAUGGCUAAUCAAAUAGAUACAAUUUCAUUUGCUACCUUAUCAAAAUUUCAUUAACACAAUCCUUCCUUCGAUUCUCAUCUAAACAAUAAAAUUAAUCGAUAUCCUUCAAAUCUUGAUCUCCAUCUAAUUAACAGAGAAAUUUAUUUCAUAGCAGAUUAUGCAUUAAAAUUAAAAUUAACUACUCAAACAAACUCAGAUUUAUACAAAUACAUUAUUAGAAUUGCAGAAAUCAGUAUAAAAGCUGAAGAAGUUGAUAACAAUAAGAAAUUAUUAGAUGAUUUAGUCGAAGAAUUAUCAAUCCUUCUAACUCACUCUUUGAAAUCAAAAACUAUUCAAUUAUUUCUUAUCAGAUUAAUUUAUCUAUAUAAAAAAAAAUAAUCAAACUUUAAUAAUACUCAAACAGAUAUCAAAAAUUCUGCGUUAUUUUUUAAUAAUUAACUUAAAAAUCAAAAUAAUAUAUUUACUAAUCUUAAUCAAUCCUCAAGUGCUCAUAAACAUUAUUUUAAAUCAUAAUCUCCUGUUUAACAAAAUUCAAAUUCCAAGAUUUUUUAACUUAGAUAACAUGAUAUUUAAAAUCAUUUGAUUGAAGAUCCAAAUAAUUUUCAAAAUGAGUAUUUCAAAGCCAUAUUAUUUCCACCGAUGAUUUCUCAAAGAUCAAAAAACUGUUAUCUAAACAAAUAUUGA